CAGGAAGUAACAAAGACAAAUCACUAAUGAACAAAAUGUCUAAGAUUUUAAUCGUGUUGACUUUUGUUUUGAGUACGUUCAAGUGUUUUCCUAUCAGAAAAACACUUUAUGGAAAAGUCCGCGGAAAAGUUACUUUUCGCGUCCCGCAAGUAGAAGUGGAGGAAUAUCUUGGUGUUCCAUAUGCAUCUUCACCGACGGGUAAUCUACGCUACAAGAGACCACAGAAGCCUAUGAAAUGGAAUCCUCGCAUUUUAGAUACAACCAAUCUUCCACCAGCAUGUCCACAGGAGAGAAAGAACUUUGUUCAAUUUCAUAGACCAGGGUUUGACAACUUUAACGAGGACUGUCUAUAUAUGAACAUCUAUGUACCAAGAGUCAAUAAAAGGACACUACCGAUUCUAUUAUUCAUCCAUGGAGGUUCCAAUAGUGUGGGAAUGGGAGCUGUGUUUGAUGGUGACAUCUUAGCUGCACAUGGAGAAAUAAUUGUCAUCACAUUCAAUUUUAGAAUCGACAAUCUAGGGUUUUAUGCAGAUCCACGUAAAGGUAUAAAGGGCAACAAUGGUCUUAUGGAUCAAGUAUUGGCUAUGAAAUGGAUAAAGAGAAAUAUCAAGUAUUUUAAUGGUGACCCGUCUAAAGUUACAAUAUACGGACAUAGUGCUGGAGCUGGGAACGCUGGUGUUCACUUACUAUCAGGUUUGAGCAAAGGGUUAUUUAGAAAUGCAAUAAUCCACAGUGGCGCACCAAUUUCGCACUUUUUUCUAUCAAGAUGUAUACAAACCAGUAGAGUUUCAAAUAUUCCUCCAAAUUGUAGACCGGGUACCAGUCUUAUCACCACUGAGGGACAAGAGAAUAAUUUGGUUGUAAUUGAUGGGGAAUUUCUAAGAGGCAGUCCAGAAAAACUGUUUACUUGUGGAAAAUUCCACGCUGGUUCAGUACUAUUAAUGAUGGCACGGGAUGAAGGAUUCCCAUUAGAUAUAUCAACAUACAGAGAACGAGAUUUAGACCAAGUAAUCCAAUAUUAUGCGACUAAUCUGUUUGCAGAAAGACCCGAUUUUGCAGAUAUCCUGAAAAAAGAAAUAAAGAUCUGGGAGACACUGAAUCUAUCAAAUUAUCCUCAAGCCUCACAAGUCAGGGCAGAUUUAGGAAUCUUCGCGCCAAUGAUGAAACUCGCAGACAUGAUAUCUGCAUGGCAAAAGAACGUGUAUACACUCAGUUUUGAUUAUGUUUCUCAAAACGCUACCGGACCAGAUUGGAUAGAAUUGAAAAAAAGUUCAGUUGACCAAUAA